AUGGCUAUUUCGAAGCUUUUCAUUGCUUCAAUUUUUUUAUCUCUUCUUGUGCUCCGUCUUGUUGAAGCUGAUCAGAAGAUUGUGGUGGCGCUUGCAAAGCUAGGUGUUCCUUAUCCUCCAGGCCAAAUCUUUGCAAGAGGGCUUGCGGGACAUGCUGCGCACGAUGCCAAUGCUGACAACGCCCGAGUACAGAUUUUUGUUAGGCACCAAAAGAUUGGACUAAAACAGAAGAACGAAGAUCCAUCGAUAGAAAGAGCAACACUAAGGAAUUACAAAAUUUCUUUGGACCCCUUCCCCAGCUGGCUCAUUCCAGAUGAUUCUAAAGGCUUUUCUCCACCAAACGUUCCUGACAACUCAAUACUGAUCCUAUACUCAUAUACCACCUUUUCUCCCUCUUCCGCGUAG